UCUUUAUUAUUCCUUCAUAAAUAAUUACCAGGAUAGGAUAGCAUCCAAUCUCCUUAAAUAUUGAAUUCUGCGGGCGAAAUACACACAACAUUUCCUCCUAGCUCCAUCAAUUCUCCAAUCUCGCAUCCCCUCAUCCAGCCCAAAAAAAAUCCCAAUAGAUCUCCGGCCAAUGUCCCACGGCAGGGCGGCAGCACCCUUCGGCACGCGGUUCGAGGCGGCAGGCGGCGACGCGUACAGCGGCAUGGAGCUGUCGAAGCCGCGGGCGGCCGAGUACGACACGGACGACGACGGGCGGCCGCGGCGCACGGGCACGGCGUGGACCGCGAGCGCGCACAUCAUCACGACGGUGCUCGGGUCCGGCGUGCUGUCGCUGGCGUGGGGGGUGGCGCAGCUGGGCUGGGUGGGGGGCCCCGGCGUCAUGGUGCUCUUCGCCGCCGUCAUCUACUACACCUCCGCGCUCCUGGCCGACUGCUACCGGACCGGGGACCCGGUCUCCGGACCCCGAAACCGCACCUACAUGGCCGCCGUCCGCGCCACCCUGGGCGGCGCAAAGGUCAGGCUCUGCGGCGCCAUCCAGUUCGCCAACCUCUUCGGCAUCGGCAUCGGCAUCACCAUCGCCGCCUCCGUCAGCAUGCUGGCGAUCAAGAGGGCGGGGUGUUUCCAUUUGGAAGGGCACAAGAGCGAGUGCAAGAGUUCGAUCACCCCAUACAUUGCCAUCUACGGCAUCAUGCAGGUCGCCUUCUCGCAGAUCCCCGGGCUGGACAACAUGUGGUGGCUCUCCACCGUCGCCACCGUCAUGUCCUUCACCUACUCCACCAUCGGCAUCGCCCUCGGCGUCGCGCAGAUCAUAGCGAACAAAGGGAUCCAGGGGAACCUCACCGGCAUCGUCGUCGGCAUGACCGCCGCAGGCACGAGCGUCACGGCGAUGGAGAAACUCUGGCGCAGCCUUCAGGCCUUCGGCAACAUGGCCUUCGCCUACGGGUUCUCCAUCGUCCUUCUCGAGAUCCAGGACACGCUGAAGGCGGCGGCGCCGUCGGAGGCGAAGGUGAUGAAGAAGGCGACGGCGGUGAGCGUGGCGGCGACGACGGUGAUCUACCUGCUGUGCGGGUGCGUGGGUUACGCAGCGUUCGGGGACGGCGCGCCGGACAACCUCCUCACGGGCUUCGGCUUCUACGAGCCCUUCUGGCUGCUGGACGUGGCCAACGCCGCCGUGGCCGUGCACCUGGUGGGCACCUACCAGGUCAUCUCCCAACCCGUCUUCGCCUACGUGGAGCAGCGGGCGGCGGAGGCGUGGCCCGGGAGCGCGUUCGUGGGCGAGAAGGAGGUCCGGCUCUGGCCGACCCAGUUCCGGGUGUCCGUGUGCCCGCUCCGCCUGACCUGGCGGACCGCCUACGUGUGCGUCACCACGGCCGUGUCCAUGCUGAUGCCCUUCUUCGGCUCCGUGGUGGGGCUCAUCGGCGCCAUCUCAUUCUGGCCGCUCACCGUCUACUUCCCCGUGGAGAUGUACAUCGCGCAGCGAGGGGUGGCCAGGGGCAGCCGGACGUGGAUCUUCCUCCAGACGCUCAGCGCCGUCUGCCUGCUCGUGUCCCUCGCGGCCGCGGCAGGAUCCGUCGCCGAUGUCGUGGCCGCGUUCAAGGAACACAACCCGUUCUGCUGGAGGUGCUAGCUGAACCGGAUUUUCACCCCGGUUCUGAAAUUUGCGAGGAACCUUUUUACUACUACUGUACUGUACUUACUUUGAUGUACUACUCCUCUAGUUCAACUGUUCUGGUACUAGCUCCCAGUACUGCUUGUUGUAUAGAGUCAGCCAGGGGCUUUCGCCGGGCGGGCGGACAGAGUCUCAGAUGUUUUCCGUUUCUUUUUUCCUUGCUGAACAGCACAAGUGCGGCCGGUUGGAAUAGUCGUGGCCUUGUCGUUCUUGUGGCCCCCGUGGAGUGUGGACGACAUGCCACUGGCAUUUAAACGUGUUCUCUUUCUUUCC